UUGUUUCUUAUUUGUUUUUUUUUUUUUUUUCAAACAUGGGUAGGAGGGUAUAACGGUAAAAGGGACAAGAUUUUCGAAGGACAAGCGGACAUUAAAGCCUAUAAAUACUUGACCCACGACUAGCAACCAUUCGACAGUCCGACCAUUUUCUCCAUUAUUUUUCCCUUAUUGCCCCUUCCAUGGCUGGUCGCUACGAGAUAGAGCUGAUUAUCUCCUCCGCCAAAGAUCUGAAGAACGUCAACUGGCGUCACGGCUCUCUGAAGCCAUACGUCGUGGUUUGGGUGGAUCCUGCGGCCAAGCUCUCCACCAAAGUCGACAACGACGGCGACACCUUUCCUUGCUGGAACGAGACUCUACUCAUUCCAGUGCCCUCCCGGAUCGAAGACUCCACACUCUACCUCGACGUUGUCCAUCUCAAAGCCGAUGACGAAGACGACACCAAGCCGGUCGUCGGCUCCGCUCGCCUCUUCCUCCGCGACGUCGUCGAUGACGUCGGCUUCGGCGCCCAGGCCAUCCGCACUCUCGAGCUCCGCCGCCCCUCUGGCCGCCCUCAUGGCAAGGUGGAAGUCAAGGUCUCUGUGAGAGAUCCGCGCUACCGUGCGCCUGGGUCUGCCUACUCACCCCCUUACGGCGUGCCCCCGCCAGCGGGAACCAGAGGCGCAGGCUACGCGGCUUCCCCGGCUUACGCCACUCCAUACGGCGCACCCCCACCUGAUCCUUACUACUCCAAUGCACCACCCUACGGCCAAGACCCCUACAGACAGCCGGCAUAUGGGCAGCCUCAGCCAAGAUACGGAGAUCCGGCGUACGGACAAGGGCCAUACGCGCAGGGGCCAUACGGACAGACGGUGGUGGAGCAGCCGCAGAAGAAGUCAGGGAUGGGGAUGGGGACGGGACUGGCAGUGGGCGCAGUCGCAGGGGUCUUGGGUGGGCUGGCAAUAUCGGAGGGCGUGGAUGCUUUGGAGGAUCACAUUGCUGAUGACGUGGAAGAUAGGAUCGAUGGUGAUGACUUGGAAGAUUACGAUGGUGAUGACUUUUGAUUUUGGAUCAUCUCCUUCCUCGAAUAAUACUAUGAACAAUAAUGGUGUUGGACAAAUAAUUUGUCCGGAAAACUGCCCUUUUUGGGCCGGGUUUGUAAUACAGACUUCUUUAAGGCUUUUAUUUUUACGCUGGAAAUUGUAUUUUUUUUUUAAAGAAAAUAAUUUAUAUUAUGUGUAAGAAUAAUUUUAAUAUUACGUAAGAAAAUGAACAGAAAGUAAAAAAUCGGGAGACCGAAAUGAGUGGAGGUGGCGAAUCGUAAAAGUGAGUGGAGAGGGGGUUGAGGGGAUGAUAAUAAUUAAUAAAAAGAUGCUUUAAGUUGAAUUUAGGCA